AUGUAUCCGGGCAGCCGUCGGGAACGGCCUCGACUCAACUUGACAGAGGCAAGACUAGCUCAGAGUGCCAGCUCACCACAGCUCGGUGCAACUGCUCAGAGUCCGGCUGAGGCGGAUCACAGCUUCGUUCCGCUGCUCGAGUCGAAGGCUGAAUCGCUCCGAAACUUGGACUCUGCCUUGGAAGGGCUGAUGCGCUUCCGGGAGAAGAAGGAAGAGCUCAAGUUGAAGGCUUGGCUGGAUAUGCCAGCUCAUCUUCGACCGGCACCCAGUCCCUGCGACAUGGGCUGCAUGCCGAACUAUGUGACCGAGACAGCGAGAGGACUGCAACUCCCGGUGCAAAUGGCUGUGGACCCCAAAUGGUCCACCGACUUGAAGAAGAUGAACGAGAAGGUAGGCGCUUGCAUCAAGUAUCAAGCCAAGCUCUCCUGCUCAGUGCCUGGACAAAUCUCUCCGGAGCUGCCCUUUAUGUGGAAGAAGGAGGCCACAGUGCCAGCACCUGCCACCACCGCAGCUCACCCGCCUGAAGGGCCGAAGGAGCCGACAGAAACCAAGAGUCCUGGCGAAGCCAAGAUGCAACCCAAGAUGUUGCUCCCAAAGAUAGAAGCUAAGAUCACGCCUGAACAGUACCGCCAAUGCUGGGAAGAGAACACCAAUUGGAUGGCCUACGGAGGGCUCACAGGGUCCAACGAGCCAUUCAAAGAAAGAGAGCUCGAAGUGUUUGGACCCUUUGAGGCCGAAGAAGUGGGCAUGGCCUUCACGUGCCGCAAGGGUCAGAAGGGUGAGAUGGACACUGCACCCAACCAAGACAACUUUUCCGUGGCGGAGUUCAAGAAUGGUUGGAGAAUGGCGUGUUGCAUGGAUGGGCAUGGCUCGUUUGGCCAGCUCGUAGCGACCAUGGCUGCACAAACCUUGCCGUACUUGCUGGCCCGAAGCGACUGGAAGGUGGACGAGAUUCCAAAUGUGCUGAUCGAAGCCUACGAGCAAGUCCAUAGUUAUAUUACUGCCAUAGCGGAUGCCGAUGGCUGGUCUGUGGACACGAGCGGCUGUGCGGCGGUGCUGGUUUUGUGGAAAGACAAGCAGGCCUAUGUCUCCCAUGUUGGAGACUCCAGGGUGAUUGUUGGGAGCCAGUGCCGAUUGCUCCAUGAAAGUGGGGACCACAAGCCCUCCACGAAAGCCGAGAAGCAGCGCAUCGAGCAGCUCGGCGGUGAGGUGCACACCGAGGUUUAUCCUGAUGGAUGGACGGAGCACCGAAUUUUUGUGAAAAACACCGAGAAACCAGGUCUCAGCAUGAGCAGAAGUCUUGGCGAUACAAUGGUCAAGGAAAUUGGUGUCAUUGCAACGCCUGAUGUCAAGUAUGUGGACUUGAGCACUGCUCAAAAGCCCUUCAUCAUUUUGGCAUCCCAGCUCAGAUUGUGGGGCAUCCGACGGGGUUUGGGAGUUUUUGACUUCAGCAUCUUAGCAGCACUGAAGGCUGUGAGGCCCAAAGACCCACCCAGCGUCUUGCAGAAAGGCGAUGUGCUCCUACAGGUUGGCAAAUACAAGGUCGACAACUUUGGAGCUGUUCAAAUGUUGGGCCAACGGGUAGCCUUGAGUGCGGCUCAGGACCUCUUCUAUGUGGGUGAUGUGGCCAGGCUUCAGAUUCGAAGAGACGGGGAGAUUCAUGAUCUGGAGGCGACAUUGCGCUCUUCCACUCAUUUGAUCCCGCGGCGCCUCUACCACGGCAAAGUGACCAUUGAGCCGGAGUACUUCAUCUUCGCAGGGUUAGUCUUCACUCCCCUCACGGCGGAUCUCUUAGAGCAAGCAUGGCCGAUGGCACAGGAUCGCCCCGCGCACCUGAUGGACCUGUAUCACAGGGGUGUGAUGAAUGCAGAGAGGAGCCAGGCGAUUGUUUUGCUCAACAUCCUUGCCGACGAUGUGAAUGCAGGUCAUGGCUCCGGAUACGUUGGCUGUCCAGUGGUGGAGCGAAUUGGUGGCAAAAAGGUCUCCGACAUGAAGGAGUUGGUAGAAUGCUUGAACAAUGAGGCUCGUGACGAAGAAUUUGUGGAGAUGGAUUUCCGUAUGGCAGUCGGGCCCUACAGCAUGGUGCUGAAAUCCGCGGAGGUGCCCGAGGCCGACAUUCGGAUCCGAGAGCUCUAUCAGCUGCCGGCCAAGCUUGGCUUCGAGGAAUUUGCUCCCGGAGCCCAUUCCAACAAUCCCACCAGCUGUUGGGGUUGCUGCGGGCUGAUGGAUCGCGUGACCAUACUUGCGCCAAAGAUGAUUUUCCGAAAGGGCCAGAACGAUGCCCGACGCACUCCGGUGAAGAUCGCCGCAAAGAGCCUGUCUAUUGUGAAGACUCAAAUUGGCCACUGUGGCCCCGCCAGUGGCGCCAUCAACGAAGCUGCCAAGCGGAAGAAGUCUCCUGCAGAGGUGCCUGAGCCCGCGGCUUCUGCAGAGGCCGAUGCGGAUGCGGGGCCUUCACCGGCAGGGGAAGCCGCCAAGCGCAGAAAGUCUGUGGCGGAGGCUCCCGCCGGCCCAGAGGUUCUGAAGGAAGCUCAAAGCGGACCGCUUGUUCCAGCAGGCACCUCUGAUGAACAGGUCAAGCGCAAGCGAGGCCGCCCACGAACACGACCUGAGAAAAUCAAGAAGGUCAAAAAGAAGAAGAUGAAACGAACGAAGAUUGGCCGGCCCAGCAAGAAGGAGUUGGAAGAGAGGAAGGCACAAGAGUCACAAGAGGAGUCCGAGGGCAAAACAGAGGCCCCUCAUGUGUGCCACUGCAUAGAGGGUGCCCGGCCGACUGUGUACUUUCCCCAAAGCUCUGAGAGACCGCCGGCCACGCUUCUGCCGCCGGACGCCACGGUUCGGCCGAUGUCGGAGCCGCCGGCGGCUGUGGCACCCGCCACGACGCACAGGCAGACGGUGGAAGCCGGGCAAGACGAAGGUUUAGAAGCUCCUGGUGCUUGGCCGGGUUUAGGAGAACUACCUGAAGGUCUUCCAGAAGACUUCAGGAGCCUGUUGAUCCUUGGCCCAUCGGGCAGUGGAAAGUCAACUCUUGCGCGGACGCUGCUCAAGAAGUACUUCCCCAAAUACUCCGGUCCCUUGUAUCCAUCGGCUGAGUGGCCAAAAGGAAAAGCGGUGAUCGAGCAGUUUGACGACGCGGAGAGAGGCCGUGACUGGCUGACGGGCGUCGGCCUGGGAUCGGUGCCCAGCUGGGUCAAGCCCUUUGAAGUCCUUUCCACUGGAGAGAGGUACCGCGCCAAUUUGGCCUUGGCCCUCCAAGAGCGUAGCAAGGACCCUUCCAUGCCGCUGGUGCUGGACGAGUGGACCUCGGAGCUCGACCGCGACCUGGCGCGCUGCUGCUGCGUGGCCUUUGCGAAGCGGAUGCGACGAGACUUUCAACUUCAAACUGAGGUGAGACUCAAAGAGAAGGCAUGUGAAGGGCCGGCUGCAAAGGCAAAGGAACAGCAAAAGGAUGAAGAACACGAGGAUGUCAAGAUGGGCAAGGAAGAUCCCGAAGUCCCUGGUGUGGGUGCUGCUGAGGAUGCAGCUGAGGAGAAUUGGGCAGGAGAUCACGAAGGAGAAGAAGAAGAGGAUUGGGCCGAUGACCCUGUGUUGGAGGACAAAGCCGAUGCUCAGCCGAAGACUAGUGCCUCCCAUGUGGAGGUGGAACCAGAGCCGGAGACCAAAGAGCAGGUUCAAAAGGGGCCCUACAUCUUCGCCUCAUGCCAUGAGGAUGUGCUGGAGUACCUCCAGCCACAAUACGUGUGCUUAUGCCUUCCGGGCUCCGCCCCACGACUGCUCAAAAACCCUCAUGAGGGGCAGCUGCCGUCACUGCAUGCGACCAUCACAGGGGUGACCGAGCCCAUUGGGCAUCACCUGGUUGGAAGCUGGAUGCCCAAGAACAAGAAGAUUCAACCUUUCCUCAUCACGCACAAGGCCAGUGUGAAGCCGAACCAAUUCACGGUGUUUUUUGAGGGAGGUGGCAAGAUUGCUUGGCUUGGACAAGAAGCCGACGGGACCUUUGUGGGCAGUGGCAAAAUCAUGGGUACGACGAAGACGAUGCGAAUCACAUCGCUAAGCCCCUAUGAGCUGAGUCUUGAGCUCGACAAGGGAGAACCCGUGAAGGCGGAGCGACGGCGCAUGCCGGCGAGCCAUCAAAUCCAUGCCCUCACGGCCGACCCGGAGGAGUCGGUAAAGGCGACCAGAGGGUGCUCUUUGGACUAUGCCCAGUGCAGACGUGACUAUCUUGAGGCCAGCGGGUGGUAUUUGCCAGAUAUCGCCAUGGGCUCGAGCGACUCGAGCCGCUACAAAGGGCUGUCUUUGGGUCAGUCACACUCCGUACGAACGGUGGAUUUCCGCCCUGAUGCGCGCCUGGAAAAGGUGGACAACGACCAGCGGUACCUGGCCAGCUACGUGGGGCUGGGGCCGAAGCUGGCGAAUGUCGCGAAGUUGUUGGACAUCCCAUUCAUGGGAUUGGUCACCCAUCGGCUGGACAACUUGCCAUUGCAUGGAGGGUUCGCACUGGGCGUCAUCACAGGCCCAUCAGGAAGCGGCAAAGGAACUCUCGCAAGAGACAAGUUUGGGCCAAGCCCAAAGAUUGAGUGGUCACGUGAUCCCGUCAUCGCACACUUCGUCUCCUUGGACGCUGCGACGGACCUACUCCAAGCGGCCAGCCUGGAUUUGCUCACGGCCAUGCGCCCGUAUGAGACGCUGAGUGCCGGUGAGCAGGCCCGCGCGGACAUGGCUCGUGUUCUGGCACUCGGUGUGAACUCAUGCAAAGUCUUGAUCCUUGACGAGUUCACAUCUUUGGUCGACCGUGCCACGGCCAUGAAGAUGGCAAAAGGAUUGCAGCAGCUCAUCAACCAGAGGAAGCUCCAGGCGCCCAUUGUCGUCGUCAGUUGCCACAGCGAUUUUGUGCGAAAGUCGGUGUUGGAGCCUGACUGGAUCUUUGAGACCCACAACCACCGCCUUUUCACCGCGCAAGUCCCAGAACAACCAGAACCUGAAAUUCAAGAAGGCAAGAAGAAGCUGGAGGAAGCUGUUGAGAACAAGUGCAAGGCAGAGAAGGAAAUGGAAGCGUUCAAGAGUUUCAUGCUUCAACACGCAGGUCAUUCAUUCUUCAGCAACGUCUACCGGAAUGAGGUCUCCGCCUUCGUGGGCGCUUUGCAGGUGUUGGGUCGACAAGAGCUUCUUGCCAGAGAAAAAGAUGUUUUGCAAUUUCAGCAUGAGCUUCAAGAGCUGCAAGAAAAGGCGGCCACUGGGAGGAAAGAGAUCACGAUACAGGCUGAGGAUGUGCUUCCAGUGGAAAGGCCUGACAACGCCUCUAGUUUGACGAUGGGGCAGAUCCCCUGGAAGAUCCCAGUUGUUCAGCUGGUGCUUCGACGUGCAUUGCCUCGCGAAUGGGUACACUUUCGGCAAUGGCACUACAAGGACAAGUCGCUCAUGCAAAUGUCGGCGUGCUUCGUGGGGGUCAUCGCCGGCCGGCCAUGCGUCUUCACUGCCUUGGUCACCGAGAGCCACAACUGGAUCCAGCGAUCUUGUCGAAAAGGCGUUGAUGGACACCCGACGUGCCAAGGGUGGAACCAGGUCGGCUAUCCCCAGUGCUUCCUCAAGCAGAGUCAUCGCCGACUCUUUCGAGAACACCGCACCGUGGUGCUUCCAGAUUUCCAAGGAACUGGUGUCGCCGGUUUGGUGAGCGAUUCCCUCGCGCUCUACUUCCAAGACAUCGGGAUGGAUGUGACCUCGCAGACCGUGCACCCAUUCUACGGCUCCUUCAGGGACCAGUCGCCGUUCUGGAGGCCUCUUCCUACCAACCGUAUGGAGAAGAGUGGUCUGAAGGGCAACUUGAAGUAUUCCCACGUGUUCGUUGGAGCUUAUCGGCCUGAUGGCACGAAGGAUGAAGCGCGUGAGUCCUGCAAGACGAAGAAGUCCCUGAACUGUCUUGAGACGCGAGCAGCGAAGAAGAAGAGGUCCAAUCCGUCCAGCAACGAACUCGCAACCGAGGCUGAGCUGGGUUAUUUGACCCGUGUGGCCGGGACCCUCAUCAUGGAUAUGUUGCCGGAAGAGCUUGUGGGUGACAUUGCAGCGAGUGGAAGGCUUUGGAGCAUCAGCCCUGCUCCUGGCGGCAUGACAGGCAGCAUAGGGCCUGCUUGCCCCUACCAGCCCGACACGGAGAUCCGGGGACUUCAGGUCGCUUUGGUCGAGGCCGCAUUCAGCCGCCCAAAAGCCGCCGAAGACAAGGUCGAGGCCAACACGGCCAACGGCCAGCACGCUUUACGCAGUCCACCGGCUUUGCUUCAAAGCCUCCACCGGGUGCCACCGGUGGUCCACCAGGCCUUGCUCCACCGACGUCCAUGGCUUUGGGGUUUGAUUAUCCCGACCUCAGCCUUCAUGGCUUUGAUCUUUUGCGAUGCAUUUGGUUUGUACUCACAGUACUUGGUAUCGCAGUCUGGAGAGGCCCUCCUCCCUCCAGCCAUGUCCGAAGAGGUCGAUGUAAUGACCACAGAAACGGAGACGACGAGUCCGGCCGGCGAGGAAGUGCGAAAGCCUGCUGAGUGCAAGGCCGGAGAGGCCUUCAAAGAGAAGCUCCAAGGGCUUCGGGAGAGGGGAGAGCUGCCCGAGUCUUUGACCUCGCCCUGGCCGAAUAACGUGCCUGAAGCGAUGCUCAAACUCAUCUCACAUGGCGUGAAGCGGAAGGUUGCAGCAUCUAUUGCAGUACAUCCGCCAAAGUAUUACGCCAUGAUCAUGUUUUUGGCCGAGUGGUUGCGGUGCCCAGCAGCCUUCGAGGCGCUGAACGUCUAUGUGGUGUUCCAGUUUCAGAAGGAUUUAGACCUAUUCCGCGAAGCCCUGGAUUGUACAAUCCCUGGGACUCCAGAGUUAUGGGUGCCCGUCGUGGCCGACGAGCCGAAGAAUGGAUGGCCGAAGGCGUAUUCCUUGGGCAAUCAGUACAUUGCUGCGUACAAGAAGUACUUUGGCUUGGCCGCGAUGAUGGAUUUGGGGCAAGAGGAGUAUGGUUUGAUGAUGGACUCAGAGAUUGGCAUUUUCGAUCUCCAUGCAGAGGGCUCCUCUGGGGAAGCCUGCCAGCACGAUGGCGAGUGGACCAGGCUCGUGUCUCGCAUCAAAGCCUUCGAAGAACGAAAGGCGUGGCCUGGGUCAAGGGUCUCUUCCACUUUGACCACCUACAACUUCGGAAGUUUUACGAAGUCCGGCAGGGACUAUGAUUUGCACCUCCUGAGGGAAAAUGCCCGCUACUUGCUGGAGAAGGGAAAGUGUCCACAAGGAGUUCCCUGCCAGAAGGUGGAAGCCAUGGUGAAUCAUGUCGUUUGGACUUGGUGGACUGAGUUGCCCUUGGUGCACCUCGAGGUGGGAAAGAGGAUGCUGCUCUACUUGGCCAAACAGACCAACUCAAAGAUCAGUUGGAGGAGUGUGGCUCGGCAUGUCUUCUUCCCUCGAUUCGAGCACGUACUCUACCAGAUGUGGUGUGUAUUGCAUGAGGGUUGGGACAUACGUGAUGUCACGAACAUCACUCUUGAAGCCAAGUGGGGCUCAUACUUGGAGGAUCCACAGCACACGUCGCGUUUGGCGGAGCUACGACCCAUGUGGGUGUCCAGCGAGGCAUUGAGAAGAGCUGAAAAUGGGCAGAUCAUGGCUUUGUCCACCGAGGAGCCUCCACUGUUCAUUUUUCACGUGGACAAGGAGGACUUGAGGUACUCCUUCGGAGGCAAGAAGUACAAAGAACUCUGGGAAGAUCUCUUGCUGAAUCUCCUGAAGGUGGACGACAGGACAGACUACGCGGAAGAGAACAUCCAUUGA